UGAGUGUGUGCUGGCUGUCAGUACGCUGAUGACGCCGUAUCAGCCGUACGUAACAAUUUGUAGAAAAUAGCCAUCGUAAAUAAAUUUGAUGACCGCUUGAUUUGUUAUAUGAUGAAUUAGCUAUUGUUCAUAUACUUCGUACAUCAUGCAGCAAAAUGUGAUGCCUAUUGCGCAAGUUUUCUAGUGAAAUUUAGUAUAGAAUUCGUGAUUGAUUUUAAAUCGAGAGUCAACUAAUAAUAGUGCCAAGAAGAAGAGAAAUGACAUUUUCCCGCGGUACUAGAACAAUAACGUAAGGUACAAUCGGAUUUUCAGAUAAAUAGAGUAAACGAAAUCUUGGUUAAAAUUUACUAAGUACUACUCUUAUUGAGUUACAAGUAGUGUUUCUGUGAAGAUUCUAACAAGUAAUUUUCCCAGAAAACAUUAAACAUGAUUACAAAAAGCAAUAAUUUGAACUUGAGUAAUAAUGAAUCCAUCGUAGAAAUUCCAAUGAAUAAUAAUAGUGAGCAAUUGGGUACAAACUCGAGUUCCUCAGAAUUAGUCAACAAAGGAGAACCUUCAGGACUCAUAGAUACUGGUAAUUCAAAAGCAGUAGUAUUGGACUCGAACUACAUUGAAAGCAAGAUUAAAAGUCUUCUUAAUCAAGACGAUGCUAAAAGCGAUUCGAUCAAAAAUACAGAUUCAAACUGCUCUAAAAAUCAGAAGCAGGAUCGAAUCGUUGGUAUUCUUUCAGCUGACGAUAGUUGCAAUGCGGUGGAUCACAAAAUAUCAGGUGAUUCUGACAAUUGUGAACAAAAUAUCUUAAAUCAGGAUCUUUCCUUCAACGGCAAGAUAAACAGCCUCAGUGGGCAACUAAAACCCAGUUGCUCGCGUAAUGAACCAGUAAAUGCAGUUGAGGAACUCGUUGCUAAUGACAAAGUUUGUAAAGAUAAAUUAAACGAAUCGUUUGAAGUUUUAACGAAAGAAAACAGUUCUCUGAUGCUUUACAACAAUGAGAAGUCGCCAGAUCUUUUUGCCGAUGACGAUAACACUAGCAGCAGCGAUGAUGACGAGUCGAAUUCAGAUGCAGAUAAUGCUCAAACAGAAGAUGCAUCGUUUAAGGAAACUACGAAUGCCAACAGUUGUUUUAAUACUGUGGAAAACAUCGAACGAUCACUGCUAAAACGUAUGCAAAUAUCACUUUCUGGAGUUUUGCCUCCUCCGUCCGUAACUUAUUCACAAAUCGACAUUAAUCAAAUGUUGACGCUCUACAAGGAACACGAAGCGCGUUUGUGUUAUCGCAAUGAUGAAAUUAUCGAAACAACCUCGGCCGACAGUAAGGAUCCUGAAUCCAGCUUUACUUCUUGUCUCAGCAAACCGACCCACACACCGGCUGAGUUGUUUGAACUCGAAUGGCCCGAAAUACUAAAAUCAAGAGCACAUGGACUUUACUACAAUCGAUCGACAGUUACAGAAAACAUUGAAUUACUUGGGUUGAAAUAUGUAGAUCGCUACAUAGGUGCAGAAACCAGUUCAACCUUUAAUGUAUCUCGUUCACCUUCUGCGGCCAAAAAACGCAAUUUACGAUUAAAAAUGCUAAAUCAGUCUCCUGGAAGCCGUCUGAGCCAUUUGGCUCGCCGCCGGGCAGUGUUUUCAUCGGCUAACCUACUGAACAGUUCCGUUGGAUCUGCCACAACUGCGUCCCCAUCGGCUCAAAGUCAAGUGAAUUGUAAUCGGUUACAUAAUCGUCAAAUUCUUCUCGAUUCUAAAAAAUCGGACAAUCGCCGAAAAAACAAAGGACGUACUCCAAAACGACGAACUCCUGGGCGCCGAAAGACUCCUAGUCGUAGAAAAACACCUGGUUCGUCGGCCAAAAAGCGCUUCCUGAGUUUACCGUCGACAAAACAACCUCAUACGAUGGUUAACAGAGAGACUUCGAAACGGGUUUUAUUUCAAAGUCCGUCCAGUGAGCGAAACACCAAGGAAGACAUUAGCGUAGCCAGACCAUCUGUUGCUACCCGGGUUCAGAAAUCAAAACGAGCUUUGUUUUCACCACCGAAGCGACCCCAGCGAUUCUCAUCUGUUUCGUGCAGCCGAACGAAUACAUCUGUGAAGGAGUCGUUAAUGGGCUCUCAAGGGUACGGGUCCACGAAUCACAUUGACCUAUUGAAAGAUGUAACUGGUCAGCCAAUGGACGAGCCUGGUGGGAAACGGAAGCGAUCCAUAGAUGACGACAGCGACAAUGAUAGGUCUAGAAAAAAUGCUCGAAAUGAUGCGGGAAUUAACGAGGAAGAUUUAACGCCCAGAUCGUUAAAAUUUGCCAGAAGUCAAAGUUUCUGUGUCGGGUCUCAUAACCUUAACACAGGAAGCACUUCGGAGAGUGGCUUUAACGGCAAGACACUUUUUAGAUCUAGCUCUGAAGUCACGUUUCCGGAUUCAGCCAACCGAUCGGUGACUGUGCUGACUGAAAAUCACAAAAAGAAACUUUUGUGGGCUGUAUCGCAAGCAUUGCAAAUCAAACAAAUAACAGUUAAACACGAGCGAUUCAAACAGUGUGCUUCAAGUUUAGCUCGUGUUGUAAAACGAUUGUUUCUAGAAUUCAAUGACCAGUCAGUAUCGAGCACCAGUGAGAAACUUUUAAGGUUAGCUAACAAGCACGUUUAUGAUGUAAUACAAGGUCGCAGCGUAGACGAUAUUUAUUUUAAAGAGAAAACACGCAUCCUGAACGCCAAAAAUACCUCAAAACUUCAGGGUUACAUCGCUCCCCAGGAAUACGAGCAACGCCAACAACUGCUGAAACGAAGUACCUCUACGUCGCUUCUUAUUUCUGAAAAUUCAAUGGAUUUAUCGCUCUGUGCAUCAUCCAGUCAGCAACUAGCAUUUAGUCAGAGCUCGAUAUUCUCACAAAGUUCAGAGUUUUUAAAUCAAUUGUCACAGACCUCGGCGCGCCAGAGCCUCACAUCAAACGUCAUAUCGACAACUGCACCGAUCGCAUCAUGCGAGUUAACUGAUGCAGAAAACACGGCCCUUCGUGAGAAUGUUGACAGUGAACAGCGACAGAAAUCGACUCAAAAACAAGUUUCGUUUUCUGGCAAAGAUCAGAAGAACCUUAGUCCCUAUGCUGAUAAUAAGGCCGGCUCACAAGCAAAAGGUACUAAACUGCUAGUCGGUUCUGCAAUGUCCUCUAGCAGUAUACUGAAGGCGAAACGGCAAAUCUCGUUCGAAUGAGUUUUGCAGAAUACGUUCAAAUUGUGAGGUUAAACUGUUUCAAUCUUAUAGGACAUAGUGUUUUACUUGUGAUUUUAAUAUUCGUUAAUGGGUGACAGUUACUACACUGACCCAAGAUAAACACGCAGGGUCUCGUGCUUUUUGAUAGCGGUAAACAGUUCUAGAAACGGAUGAGGAAUGCGUUGAUGGACAUCGUUGUAUUGAGCAUACAUUUGUUUGGUUUAUUUUUUUAAUACCAAACGAUUCGAUGAGCCGAGUGGAUAAGUGUGAAGUUGUAAAAUCUAAUGCUGUACAUAUUGAAAGCUGAGUAGUUCAUCCGC